GUCACAUUCGUCGGUUCGGGGAAAAUUCAGAUAUUUUGUAGCAGUGGAGCGAGGCCGGCGUCUCCAUCCACACCAUCCGGUCCUCCCUUCCACCGAGUCUCAGGGGGAAGGGAAAGAGAAAGAGAGAGAGGGCGAGAGAAGGAAAGAAAGGCCGGGGCAAUGGGCGCGAUAAAGGCGGCCGUGGGCGAUGCCGUGGUCACGUUUCUGUGGGUGUUCUGCGUCUCCAGUGUGGGUGCCCUGACCGCCAUCAUCGCGUCGGCCCUCCAGGUCCAGGGCGUCGCCUACUCCCUCGUCAUCACCACCACCCUCAUCUUCCUCCUCCUGCUCGUCUUCAAUCCCAUCUGCGACGCCAUCGGCGGGGCCAGCUUUAACCCUACCGGGACGGCCGCCUUCUACGCCGCUGGUUUUGGGGGGGACAACCUUGUCUCCAUGGCUCUCCGCUUCCCAGCCCAGGCGGCCGGGGCGGUGGGUGGUGCGUUGGCUAUCGCGGAAUUGAUGCCUCCUCAGUACAAGCACAAGUUGGGCGGCCCUUCAUUGAAAGUGGACUUACACACAGGGGCAGCUGCGGAAGGGGUCCUGACCUUUUGCAUCACCUUCGCUGUCCUCUGGAUAGUGAUCAAGGGUCCCAGAAGCGCAUUCGUGAAGACGUGGUUGCUUGCUGGGACGACUGUGGCACUCGUUCUUGCAGGUGCUGGUUAUACAGGGCCAUCCAUGAACCCUGCCAAUGCAUUUGGCUGGGCAUAUAUCAACAAUCGCCACGAUACCUGGGAACAAUUUUAUGUCUACUGGAUAUGCCCUUUCCUUGGUGCCAUUAUGGCUGCUUGGGUUUUCAGGGUUCUCUUUCCGUCGCCACCAAAGGCCAAGGCUAAAAAAGCAUGAGAUAGGAUAGAUGAAGCAGGAAACAGUUAUUUGUGAUGCUCUGGAAUGAAUAAACCAGUUAGGCUGUCGUGACUGGAGCUGUUGCAGGUUUUCAUUUUAGGUGAACUGUUUUUAGUUUAUGUUUUUGCUGUAGUAAUCUCAGUUAUGGUACUUCAAUCUCUCUGGUCAUAGCUUUGUUUAGAUGCGUCUUGAGUGCACGGUUAAUCUAGGACCCAGCUGCGUGCUCUCGAUGCGUGGAAAUUUGUUACACAUUGCACGGCUGCAUAAAUGCUCUCUUUUAACUUUUAA